AUGCCGGUCCCGGCAAACCAGCUCCCGGUGCCCAGUAAAAUUCUACCAGAUGACGGUAAUCGUCGAUGCGAACUGUCAGAAGAAGACGAAUCGGGAAGGCCUCUUAGUAAAACCCAAAAACGUCGAAUUCGCCGAGAACGAGCGAAGAUUGCGACCGAAAUAAAAUCUCGGCAAAAUCCGGAGCCGAAAGAAUCAAAGAAAAUUGCCACUGGAUCAGCAGAAACAGAACGUUCCAAAUUGCCAAAUUUGUUCGAUGCAGUACCGGUUUGGGAAUCUCGUCCUGCAACAAAGGCUCUAAAUGUGCCACGUCUAGCGGAUACAGUACCAGCAUUUGAUCCUGAACCGAAACGACGACAGAUACCACGUUUGGCGGAUGCACCAUCAACUUGGGAUGAAUUAGGCCUCAAAGUAGCUGCUUUAAUCAGUGCGCGAAAACAAGUCCCUGCUGAGACGCAUCAAGCUAGCAGAGGUAGUAGCAUCGGUGGGAGCAGCUUGUCCGAUAACACUUCUCGAAUUCUUCCAGUAAAAUCCGGUAACGUCUCCACAGCAGCAGCACAGUACGGCGAACAGUCAACCGCUGCUUAUCAGGUAUCCAAACCUUUAGCUUAUGACCCCAGUCGGCCAUCUUACGGUUUGCCGAACGCUGCCAACCAGCAACAACUCACAUCGUUUUCGUCAGAUCUUGCGAGCAGCUUGCGCUCGGACGUAUUUUGGUUUUAA